UUUGUUUACAUUUCGGACUAAACUUAAUUUUUAAUUAUUAAUAUUAUCUUAAUUCUUAAUAUCCACAAAACUAAAGUUAUUUAAUACAAAUUAAGGUGUUCUUAUUUUUAAUAAUUAGAAUAAAUAAUUCAAUUUUAAAACACUUAAAUAACUACUUGUUAUAAAAAAAAGUAUUAGAAAUUUAUAAUAAUUCUCCGUUGAAAUCUGAAAUAUUUGGGAUCCUGAAGCUGAAAAAUUAUUAGCAAUGUCUAUCAGCUUAAAAACGGUGCAGAACAAACCUGAACCAGUGGCCUAUAGUGAAGCAGCUUUACGAAACAAUGCGAUUGUUAUGGAGUAUUGUCGGACCUCAAUGGCUGCACUUUCAGGGUCUACAGCAGGUGUCCUAGGUUUGACUGGAUUAAAUGGUUUUGCAUUCUAUAUGUUCUCGGUUAUAAUAUUGUGGGCAAUGUUUCUGGUGAAGGCUGGGCCCAACUGGAAGAAGUACUAUGUGUCUCGUCAGAGUCUACUAACGAACGGUUUCCUUGGCGCUCUGUUUACAUAUGUUCUUUUCUGGACAUUUAUAUAUGGAAUGGUCCAUGUUUAUUAAUCUAGUGUAAUAGUAAUUUAAGUUAUGAAUUUAAAGGUGGAAAUAUAAUGGCUGUAUUUAUUUUA